GACAUUCAGAGAGCUCAGUUCCCGCUUGAUCGUGUCAAAGUUAGCCUGGUGAAAAUCGUCAUCAUAUUAUGACGGAAUUGGUCAGAAUGGCGGAUUCUUUCACGCCCAAACCCAAACCCCUGUCUUUUUCUAUAUCAAGCCUUUUGAGGGAAGAUAAAUUCCAUAAAAAAAGCAACGGCAGUUGUGGCAACCUACAACUUGACGGGUGUCCUAAUCAGACUGAAAUUGACCAACAUCGUGGAGCUCAGGGCCAAAAUUGUAUUGAAGACAAUGACAACGAAGAUGUCGAUGUCGAUGACGAAGAUGACGAAGAUAUUGAAGCAGAACGCAUAGAGGAGGAUCUCAUCACGGCCGAGGAACCUGAAUUGAGUCGGGACAGAACUUUGGAGGAGGCACGAAGUGUCAUUAAAGUUACCGCACAUAGGCCCAUUUUUACUCCCAGUUCUGUUGUCUCGUCAGGUUUCGAUUUUACCCCUUGGCUUUAUCGUCCCAUGAGCUUGAAUCCUCCUCAAACGAGUGGAUAUCCCAUGCCAAUUCCUCCCAAUGUGCUCUCGUCAAAAUUUGGUGGUCUAGCCCAACCCAGAAGAAUUGGCCAUCCGUAUCAAAAUCGCACGCCACCAAAGCGAAAGAAGCCCAGGACCUCAUUUUCUCGCUUGCAGAUUUGCGAACUGGAGAAGCGAUUUCACAAGCAAAAGUAUCUGGCCUCUACUGAACGGGCUACCCUCGCCAAAAGCCUCAAAAUGACUGAUGCGCAAGUGAAGACCUGGUUCCAAAAUCGCCGCACCAAGUGGAGGAGGCAAACGGCUGAGGAGCGAGAACAAGAACGUCAAGCAGCCACCAAGUAUUUUCUAUCCAUGCAACUUGGGUCCAUGGGAAGUGUUCCGGGUCCUCCCCCUCCUGGUCCAGCCCAUAACACUUUGAGCUCUCCACUUCUUAAUCCUAACAAGGACAUGUCUGCCAUUUUCGGGGAUGGCUCUAGUAUUUCGUCUUUAGAAAGUUUACGUCCUUGGACCUCGACCCUACAUUCGUCUUCACAUCAUCCGCAUCUCCACAGCCGCUCUCAAUCUCCUGGUCCCAAUCGAAUUCAAAGUUAAUCUUACGAUUUGAAUUUUGUUCUCCAUGCGUAUGAAUCAACUUUUAAUAUAUGGUAGU